AGCAGGGGGUGGUCAUCCUGGUCUCUCAGGCGCAAUAUUCUGUUGAGGCGGUUUUAGUUCGACAUGAUUGGUGUGACAAUGCUAGCUACUUCCGUUUCAUUACCACUCAUGAUCUCGCUCCUUUUGUACUAGAAAGCCGUUGUUGUAGAGGUUCUUGAUCGUUCGAAGAAAAGACCCUAAUUUGUUUCACGCACUUGGAUGGCACCGCGUCCCUGCGCGGGGUAGUUCGUCGUCUCCCGCUCCCAGUAGUUGUAUUAAUUGACAACCUGCCUUACUGCAAGACCAAGAGCUUCUCGACCACAUGACGCACCCUAGUUGUACUCUUUAAUACUAGCCGCGACCACCGACCGCAAGAGCAGAAGAAUUCGCAUUUUUAUUGACCUCCAUCGCGGACGACGAGGACGAAAAAAUAAACGUCGCGAAUAAAAAUGCCCCAAGGCAAGUUUAUCAGCGGCUACCCGAUUUUUCCGCACGGGAAAAAGAGUUGGCAGUACCAGAGCCGGGUUUUAUCGGAGGCGGCGCAAAAGUUGCCCAACCUCGUUUUUGAUUUUUACGCCUGGGACGACCUGCGGUUCGUGAGUCCAGAGAGGAUCUUCGCAUCCCAUGUCGAGCACAAGCGGCUGAAAGAUGAGAACGGGGAGGUGUUGACACUGGACGCAUCUUCUGCUGCAUCUGAAGCAGGAAGACAGGCGAAGAAUAACAGAUUUUCCGUAGCCGAUAAGACCAUCGGGGCUUCGUCUUCAAAGGAACGUCCUCCGAAGAAGAGUGGGGUGUUGAAACCGGGAAUAAAUACCGCGUUCAAACCGGAUGUCAGUGAAGAUUUCGGGACGCGAAACGCAACGGCUUCGCUGCUCGAGGGGCAGAGUCCGGACAAUUGGAACAACUUCUAUGGGGACAAUAACGAACAGAAUGUGUCGCUCACCCCGCCGGCAGUAGAAGAAAAUGCGGACCAAAUCCCGCCGGGGCGGCCGACGCCCGCAACUAUCAUGCACCCAACGAUACCCGGGGGGCCGGGAAAAAUGAAUCCAAAGACGGGGCAGAAAAAUCCAACCAUUACCGAAAUGAAGGCCAGCAAAUACACAAUUCCAUGUAUUCUUUUAAGUUGUACAUUUUUCGAUGGAUUUGAUACAAUAGCGAACAUCAGAUCAUGCAGGUACAACCACCACAGAAGCCUUCUUCUCAUUCUCUGUUUGAUGCGAAAAUCUGUCUAUGUUUUAGAAAAAUCUGUUGGUUCGCCUUCGCUCAAAGAAAUAGGUACAUCGAAGCUCUAUCGCUCUAUCCACUUCGACCUCUCAAAUAAAACAGGUCCCCACCCCGUGGUCGAGCAUGGCGAGCGGCUGUUGAUCGACCGAAAACUUUUCGAUGACCUCUGUGUCUGGCAGCGGCGGUCCGGGCCGAAGGCCAUGUUUACCGUCAGCCUGAUCGUGCCCACGUAUUCGGUCGAUCAAUGCGAGGAAAACCAUCCCGUGCUGCCGCGUCUGAAUAAGCCGGUAUAGACAAUAUAAAUAUGAGCUAGUUUUUUUCUGCUUGUAGCAUGUGUAUUUGUGUUUCUGUAGCUUUAUAACCACCCCACAUUCUGUUUCUGGCGCGGCUGCUGCUGCGAGGAAAGUAACUUCGGCACUUCCGGCAGUAAACAUGACAUUCCAUCGACACGUCGACACAAACUACUCACAGGACAUGGACCUCGUCUGCAUCGGCGCCGCCACCCUGUAUUGGGAUCACCAGGUGGGCGACGUGGAUGACCAGGGAGAGCCCAUUCCGUCGGUCUGCAUCCCGUACUUCGGCACGAUUUUUGGGCUUCGUGGACAGAAGCUCGGGGAGAUCUUCAUGCACUACAUUCUGGAGACGCUCUCGCACACACUUUGGAACAAAGAGGCCCACUUCCGCGCGCACGAGGAAAAAAUUUCGCUCAUGCAGGAGCACAACCUCGCCACCGACCUCGAUUACAUUGGGUGGCGACACACAAACAGCCACCUCGGGAAGUUCGGGCGUCUGGUGAGCAACAAGAGACCGAAUAAUCGCGACGAGGGCCGGGUGUGCGAACUUUACUUACCCGCGACGAAGAAGGCGGUCCCGUUCUGGCAGAAGAUGGGGGGGCAGCUGAUUGAGGUGUUGAACGAAGACAAUCUCGCCAACGAGGACUCUCCCUCCGCGGCAGGAGGAGACAACAACAACGCGACCCAAAUAAAGAAGCAAAACAUCGUGAACUACGCCGACCAAACGCUGGUUCUCGGGACGAAAAACGUGAAAAACGACCCGUUCAAGAGGGAACACAUCUGCACGGGGCAGGUGGCCGAGGAGAUGCACUGCUUCUCGCAAAGCACCACGCAGCUGUUUUACAUCGACUAUUUGGAGGUUUUGGAAAGAACGAAAAUUCCGCUCCUCCCGAACGCAGCGGCUUUACACUCCUCCUUCCUCACGGCGGAGAACUUCUGGCUGUUCCGGGAGGAGAGCCGCGCCAGGGAGGCGCGGUUGCGGAUCAAGAUGUUGCCGACGUCCGACGUGAAGAAGGACGUGGACGGGUGGACGUUACUGCACGAAGCGGCGCAAAGCGGGGACGACACACUCGUGGACGCUGCGGUGCGGCGACGGGUGGACCCGCAGUCACCGGAUCACGAGUGGAAGCAAACGCCGAUCUUCUAUUCGGCGAACCUCAACAAAUGCGACGUACUUGAUGUUUUAUACUGAUUCGCAGCUUGUUCACCUUUUGUUUUCUUUCACCAUCAUGCAAUCUUUGGGGUUUUUUUCCUUUUCGUCGCAAAAAACUCCUCAGAAAUGAAGUUUCUUCACGUUCACCCCAGAAAUAUUAAAAUUGACCCUUCCAAUCAUCUCCAGGCCAUCGCGAUCAUGAUAAAAGCGGGUGCCAAAGCCAAGCACUACGAUGUGAACGGGCAGCCCGCGCUUUUCUACGCGGCCAAGCACAACAGUCUGGAGGCCGCGAAGAUGUUCGUCGAGGAGCAUGGCGUCAGCAAAAACACCCGCGACGCGUGCCGCAGGAACGCGUUUUACUAUGCGCAGCAGAGCGACCAAAACGGGUCCCACGCGGAGAUGAUGAAGCUGCUCGCGGUGGAGGAAGACAGUGACGAGAGCGAUUCCAGUUCGGACGAAAAGCAGAAAAAGGUGAAGACCCGCAACCCCUCCGCGCGCAUUGCGGCCCAACGGGCCCAGCAGGAGCAGCAGCUGCGCUGGGCGGACUUACCCUACUGUCCGAGUGCCGAGGCACAGAUCAAGCACAAGCUGAUGUCGGGGGGAAGUAGCUCGGCGUUGCUGAAACCCUCCGGCCACGCGGCACAGAAUCUCCAGUUGUUGACGAAAGGAGGCGGGGGUGGACCUCCGGGAGGUGUGGCCGGGAAUAACAGGACAGGUGCUGGGACGAGUGGUAGUUCUAGCUCCUCCUCGACUUUGGCCGGCGGGACGAGUGCAGCUGGUCGUGGUGCAACGUCACAAGCAGCAGCGGCACACGCACAGCACCAGAUGUUUCUGCAGCAUAAAGGCGGCAGUGGUCCACCCCCAGGGAGCGGUGGAAAGAUGAACGCCGCGGCGGGCCAGCAUAACUUUUCCGCCCAGCAGAAGGCAGCGGCCGCGCAGCACUUCGCCGCACAUCACAAAGGGCAGCACUAUAGUAAUUACCCAGGUGGAGGUCAGCAUCCGCAAUACAACAGCCACGCAGCCGCGGUACAACAACAGCAGCACAACAUGCUGAUGAAAGGAGGUGGACCAAAUGCAGCUCAAAAAUCUCAUCUACCCCGCACGAACAGCGGACAGAAGUCAUCACAUGUACUCCUCCCACCGCCGCCGAAUCUCAAUCUCGGAGGACCGCCACGCGGUCCAGGUUCGCUUCCUGCGCAAACGCUGUUACCCUUAGACGACGGGAUAUCCGCCUCGGCGGCGAAAUUGAUGCGCCCAGGUGGGGGAAUGAACCAGAACCGGCGGCCUGGCAUGGGCGGCAAGGGCGGGAAUAAGGGGAAAUAGAGCGAGCUGGAAAUAAGCAGCGGCGGCGACCGAUGGCGGUGGUGGGAAGGAACGUCGGCUACUACGUAUAGUACGACGUGCUGUGAAAUAAAUCCCGGAGCGGAACAAGCCACCUAAUUUUUGGAAAGAAGGAACAAGCGACGUAAGUUCUUGUUUAAGCGACAAAAAUGUUGGCGGUAGGCUAGCAACAGCGGGAAACAGUAGAAGACCAAGCUCCUCUCCCUCAACACCCUCAGCUGCUGCAACGACGUUUACGGGCGACAGAACCAGCACGGCGAUGAGGCCGCGGCUGGGAAAGGGAAUUCGAGUUCCACAAUCAGAGAGCAGUGGGGUCGGUUGGGCUCGCGCGCGAUGUGAAAAAUGUCCGCGCGUCGAAAGGUGGCUGCGGGGGUGGUGCGCACGCUAGGAAGUAGAGUGCAGAACCAGAGGACGGGGACGUCCCGGACGAAAUGCAGCAAGCGAAACGAGCAAAGGCAAACUAAUGCCAAUCCACUCGGCGAAGGAAAUUCGGAAAGAACCCGGCCCACCCUGUCCCGUCCCGACGCGGCCCGGGCCCGGCGGAGAGGACGCGACGGUCGCACUUGAAGCCGGCGGGGGAACUGCGGCUAAUAGAUGAGGGAGUGCGCGGCUUGUGUCUUUGUUCAGGCGUUGAUCGAUGGUGCCGCCAGCCUUUGAAAAGGGCGCUGAAAAUAUAUUCGGGCGGAAGACUGGGAAAACGAAAACGAAGGACCACAACCGUGCUACCGGGGAAUGCAGAGGUGGUUAUCCCCUGGACGGGAAAGGGUCCAGGAAAUACAUGGAAUGUUUCGUCAAGCGACUACGACAUGUUUUAUUGUUGAGAGAGACGCAAAAAUCAAAAUCUUGUACCUCCAGCGACUUCUAUGCGAAUACGACUUUUUUUCAGACUGCCAGUAUCAUGGCAAGCAACUGCAUCAUGAUAAAUACAGACGCGAUCUCUAC